AACGAAGCGUGUUCUAACCUCACUUUUUAAUUGAAAUUUGUUUAUUUUGUUCGCUGUGUCUUAAAUAAUUUAAAAAAAAUGGUUCUAAAUUGUGGAAAUGCGUAUCAUCAGCUCUUCAUCGAUCAAAAACGUUGUGAUGUUUCGUUCUUGUGCAAAGAUGAUGACGGAAAUUGGACUUCCAUCGGAGCCCACAAGUUUCAUUUGAGCGCAGUUAGCGAGGUUUUCGAGACCAUGUUUUACGGCGAAUGUGUCAAGAAGGGAUUUACCAAAGAAAGUGACGAGAUCCGGAUUGAAGACAUCAGUUUGAAGGCUUUUCGUCUCUUUUUGAAAUUCAUCUACUCGUCAGAGAUAAAAUUCGACCACGGAAGCACUUUAGCUGAAUUUUACAGCGCUUGCCAUAAAUACACCUGCAAAGACGGUCUCAAAUUCGCCGAAAAAUCAAUGCAGGAAAUGCUCUGUCCUCAAUACGCGACAAUUUUCUACGAAAUUUCCGUUUUGUAUGACAUUCCAAAGAUCAAAGCGGAGUGUGAAAAGUUCAUGACUUACCAAACUGAUGAAGUAAUAAACAGCUACGAGUUCCUAAGUGCAAGUCCCGAAACCAUCAACAUGAUUUUCGCCCAAAAUAAGGUUUGUUUAAAGUCAGAACUGGAUUUCUGCUGGGCCCUUGAACGUUACAUCAGGCAAAACAAGAAAACGGAUCCAGAAAUUGCCGCAAAAGUCCGUCCCGCGAUAAAUUCCAUUCAUUUUUUGCAACUUGCGGCCUCGGAUAUCGAAGAAAUUGCGUUUCUCACGAAGGAGGAAAAAGAUGCCAUCGUGAAAUGUCUUCCGCCGAGCCGAGAUUUGAAGAAAAUGCCCGAAAAUUUCUGCAAAAAGAAGGAAAAGCGGUUCGUGAAAAAGAGAAUUGACUUUAUAAGAGCGCUAAAUAAGGUUUAUCGCGACGAUGUUUGUGUUAAUUGUAAAAAUUUGAAGCUCAGCUGCGAUCAUCCGCUUUGGUGGUGCACAAAAAUCAGCUCGAUGAGUCCCAUUGAACGCAUUUACUACAAAUAUCAACACGGGAAUGUCUGCGAUUACGCCUCGGAUGACUUGGAAAAGCUCUACAAAAGUUGCGUCCUUCAAAAAUUAAUCAAGCCAAUCUAAAUUUUUGUUGUUUAUUUUUAAAUAAUUAUUUUUUUGUUAUUGUUUCUAAUCGAUUCUCGUCUAUUUUUAACAGAAAUAAAUUUUCACCAUUGAA